UUAAGCAACCAGACAUGAAGAGCAUUCAGGUCAUCUACACCUCUCAAACUUCAUGUGGCAUCAAUCUGCAAAACGACGAGUAUCUGCUGUCAGGACAUGUCAAGGACGGCAGGGUACUUGUUAAUUUAUGUGACCUUGUGAAGCCUUGGAAAGAACUCUCCCGAGCUCAAAAGUUGAACCUCCGCUUGUAUCGGAGAGGCUGUGUCUGUGAGAUCUCACCCUGUACUGGAGCAUCCUGCUUUAUCGAGAUUCUUCAGAAAAAAUGUCUGAUACAAGUCAAUUCAUUCGGUCUUGAUGAAAAGGCUCUUCAGUCUAUUUGCCUGCCAGGCAGCUACGGCUUCUGCAGUUGGCAACAAGUUCCUGAUAACUAA